CAAUUUUCUCUCGCGAUUCGUCCAAACGCCAUUUUUGCUUCUCCUAAAUAUUCUUCUUCUUGUUCUUGUUCAUCACUCUCUGUCACUGUUUCCAUGAUCGCAUGUCCUCCAUUUCUCUCCUUCUCGAUUGAAAUUCCUGAGCUGAACAACUCCAGUCCGUCUCCAUUGCUAAAACAGAGGAAAAUUGGACUCGUGCGAAGAUUGAAGUGAUUAUCGAUGUUCAUAUUGCGCAAUUUUUCUUCUACCGUGUUCGUCAAUCGAGAGCGAAGUUGUUGAAUGUUCUUCUCAAUUCUCAGUGUGUUUUUGCCGAAUCCGAUCAAAAAUUCCAUUGCUAUUGGAUUUCUAGACUCGAUUCUAACUAAUCUGCCACACUCAUUGAAGAAGCACUUGAUUCUCUUUGUUUCCUGUUUUAUUAGCUCUCUGGAAUUUGAAUCGUUGAGUGUUUGCUUCAGCGCGGGGAUUGACUUAGUAAGAUCCAGGUUUACCAGGAUGUGACCUCGAGGAUUUGACAUUUCUGAGCUUUAAAGUUUCACUUCAAUCCUUGACUUAGAAACGACGGCGGACACUGAUGAGAAGGGAGUGGGGGAGGAUGGAACUGUAUAAUCAAACCUGUUGGCAGUGAUUCAUAAUUUGGGGAAACAGAUCUGUGGAACAUAAAGUUUCUGGAGUUACUGGAUUUUGAUCUUCAGAAGGGGAUGAUUUUUGCCAUGGACUCUGGAUUCAAGGAGGAUUUUCUUGUUCUUGACUGGCUAAGAGCACUUCUUAGAAGACUGGGUUACAGCGGUCCACUUUUCAUACUGAAGAAGCCAUUUGGAUUAACAUAGUUUUUCCCUUUUUUGUGCAAAUUUUCAUGCGAAGAAGCUUAGUUUUCAUUAGUUUGGCAUAAUUCCUUCUCCUCAAAGGCUAAUGCAUAGGUUUCUACAACGAAUUUGAGAAAGACCUUCAGCUGAAUGGGAGAAUUUCUGGUAGGAGCUCAGAAAUUACUGCAUGGGCAGAGGAGGGAACGAACUUACUUCAUUCCAAACAAGAAAAAGUGAAGUAAUUCGAGAAUUCUUCUUUCUCAAAGGCGAUUUUUGUUCUUGGUCGUUACAAUGUCGCGAUGCUUUCCAUUUCCACCACCUGGUUAUGAAAAGAAAGCUAGCAUACAGGAUCUAGACCUAGCCAAAAAGGUUGAGCAAACUCCCUUCAGAUCAUACUAAACCAUGUCUGUGUAAUGAAUUGAUUGAAUUGAAGCUCCCAUGAGCUGCUCUUUUCUAGCAUGUGCUAAUCAUAAGGUUGAAAGUGACUGUUCUUGCAUGUUUUCCUCUGGUAAUUGGAUGAUUGCUGGGUUUGCAUUGAUUUGCAAUUAGUUUCUUACUUAAAAUUUUUAUGGGAUAUGUUCAUAAAAUCGUUGUGCUUUUUGUUAAUCAUCUUGUUGUCAAUCUGUGGGAUGUCUUCUUUUUGUUCCUACUUUUGUUUGUCUUACCAAUUACAAUCAGAGUUCAUCAGAAUAAGACAUUAAAGGUUGUUGACAUGAUAUGUAGCCAGUUGCUCGUUUUUGUGUGUGUUCUUAUUUUAUGCUCAUUGAUUUAUUCUUUUGACAAAAAGGAUAAGCAUAAAAAGAAGAGGAAAAAGGAGAAGAGGGAUCACAAAGAAAAGGGAAAAAGCAGGAAUGGAGAUAAAAGAGACAGGGAGAAAGACAGAGUUAAAGAUAAAGCUAGAACCUUGGACGAGUCAAAACUUUCGGAUAAAAUCCACUGUCACAAACGACAGUUCCUCGACCAGAAAGAUCUUGAAGUCGAGGAUAACUGCAGGCUAACUGGGAAGAAACAUGCUGGACAGUCAGCUGGUUAUAGUGAAGGCGAGUCUAGUUAUGGUAGCCACCUGCCUGAAAAUUUUAGUGCCUUCAAAAUUGUGCCCGAGUUGCCGAGGAGGAGGACCGAGGACGGUGACAGUGGAUUUAGGAACCUUUUGGGGGAGAAGUUGUCUGUUUGUCUUCCAGAGAGAGAUGGUUGGAUGGAUAGAUCAGUGGCUAAGGUCACUCGGAGUUUCGGUGAAGGGAAGACGAAGGACGAGAAUGAGGAAAGUUUUGUGGAAAAACAUGGCGAUCGAGGAAUACGGGAGGAGUCGUCGUCGAAGUUUAGUAGGAUGGGGACUGUUCAGCCAAUGGUUAAAGAUGGGGUGGAUUCAGGGAAGAAGUGGAAAGGGAAUGGGAGGGAUGAAAAAAGCAAGGACAAAGAUAAGCAGGAUAAAGAAAUAGAUAAAAAGAAGAAAAAGAAGGAGAAACUUGAACAAAAGAUUGGAAACCUGGAAAAAACAAAAGAACGCUACGACGAAGACGACAAUACCAGUGCUGAUUCGAUAAUAACAUCACAACUUCUCAGGGAUAGACAUCGAUCUGUUGCGAGUAUGCGAAAUCUCGUGAAGAGGAAGGACUUUGAAGGCAAUGGAAUCUUUGCCAUGGACCAUUUGUCCAGUAACUCUGCAAGGUUCACUUCCUCCUCUGAUCAUCCUAGAGUUAACCACAAGAUGGUAAAAUCAUGCCAAUCUUCUGGACCAGCUGCUUCAAAUUGGCAGGUACACUCAAAGCCACCACAUCCAGAUUUGGAGCAUUUAAGCCAGGCGUAUUUAGUUCCCAAAAUGGAGGACUUGUCAGAGUUUUGUGACCAAGACUGGCUGCUGCAUAGCAGCAAUGCUUCCAAAUUGAAGAAGCUGAAGGCACACGGGUUCGAGAUGGAAACGACGACGCCGUAUGUAUGGGCUGAGGCAAUGCCGAUUGACUCGGUUGAUAUCUGCGCUCUACCGUACGUUGUUCCAUAUUGAUUAAACAUCCAAAUUGAAGUGACUAACGUGAUUGAUAAUGCUCCUUGCUCGAUAUCGACACACAAACUCGCUAUUGGUUUGGCGGGCUGGCUGCUGCAUAUGCAAUGCUUCCUAAUUGAAGAAGCUGAAGGCACACGGGUUCGAGAUGGAAACGGCGACACCAUAUGUAUGGGCAGAGGCAAUGCCGAUUGACUCGGUUGAUACCUGCGCUCUACCGUACGUUGUUCCAUAUUGAUUAAACAUCCAAAUUGAAGUGACUAACGUGAUUGAUAAUGCUCCGUGCUCGAUAUCGACACGCAAACUCGCUACUGGCUUGGCGGGCUGGGAUUCAGAUGAUCUUUUCACCAAUUAACACUGAACAUCCCCAAUUCAUUUAUGUAGCCAAGGAAACUGCAAGCCUAUGAGGUUGCUCGGUAGGCAAGAUGCAUGAGCUUAUUAUGCAAUUCCCUUUCAUUUUUAAAGGGAAGGUAGAUUUCUAGAAAGGAACUCCUUGAUAGAUUUAUGAGACAUAGGAGUGUAGAAUUUAGUCAUAGUUACUUACUUUUCAUUAUCUCCUACACACCAACAUAAGUUGGAAAGCUAAAAAUAUGUAAACUUCCUCCAACGAGCGUUUUCUUGUUUAGUUUAACGAACAUGGAGAUGAAGAUUUGAACGUUCAGUGGGUGAUACA